CACCCCUCGUCCCAUGCUCAUGUUUCCCACUGAGAGUUCACUUGAUGCUAACAGACCUAACAAACAAAAAACCUGCUGUUUUUGUCUCUGUUCUGUAUUUAUUUCACCGUUUUCUCCCAAAGCCACAGGGGAGGCAGCAGCGACGCUCAUCUGGGUAAAACGAGCUUUGUGCAAAAAAAGGGCAGAUCGAUGCUCCCUAAGGUUUUACUGCAGUGGUGCGCAGCCAUCUCGAGCUGUGCAGCUGAAAUAGAGAGACGGCGACAGGGCAAAUUCCAGCCCUUCAGACGGCUCUUUGGCAAGAAGAAGAAGAGGGAGGCGAAGGGGGGCUUUGAUGGAGCAGAGCUAAAGGCCAGUUUUUCUACGGGGGAAGUGUGCAAUGGAGUUGUAUCUGACGAUGAGGAGUCCAAUCAAGAUCUGAGGGAGUUGAAUCCCAUCGGAUCUCGAGCCCUCUCGCACGACAGCAUCUUCAUCCCGGAGGAGCCGGUGACCGAGCCGGGUCUAGAUCACAGCAUGUCCCAGGAAAACGUCUCGGAUAAAGUCAGGAAUCUGCAGAGGCAGAUAGCACAAGGGAUAAAGUUCGGCCAGAGGCCUCCUUCUCUGAGGAAGAGUGAAGGAGAUGAGGGGAGCUCAGAUGAGGAAGAGGUUCCCCGGAGUCCUCUGAAGGUUUCGGCCCAGGUCGAAGCCGAGCCAGCAAACACAGAGCCAAAGCAGGUCCAGGGGGCCCAACAAGCCGGACCACACAGCACCCCAGUGAAGUCACCGAGGUCCAAGCGAGUUCUUCCACCCACUGGUACCAUCGAGUCCAUCAAUCUGGACGCCGUUCCACAGUCUGUCCCUCGCUUAGACAACACUGCUGCCAAGCAUAAGCUGGCCGUCAAACCGAAGAACCAGAGGGUUUCCCGCAAACACCGGCGGUUUACACAGGACCUCCAGGAAGUAUCUAUUCCUGGUGUGCUAGAGGAGGACCUCGAGGCAGCAGGCGUCUCCACAGACGACCAGCGCAGAGCAUCCGUUGAGUCCCUCGAAAGCUUCAAGAAACAGAGACUUCAUGAGGAGGAAAGACAGGAGACGAGGAGGAAGAGGGAGCUGGAGGAGCAGAGGCUCAAACAGGAGGAGGAGGAGAGAAGGAGGAGAGCAGCGGAGGAGCUGAGGCUGCGUGAACUGGAGGAGGAGAGGUGUCGUAAACAGCAGGAGGAGGAAGAACGACGGCUUAGAGAGGAGGCGGAGAGAUGGAGGAGGGAGGAAGAGGAGAGGAGGAUCAGAGAGGAGGAAAGGAGGAGGCGAGAGGAGGAAGAGCGGAUCCGGAGGGAGGAGGAGGAGAGGAGGAUGCAAGAGGAGCGGGAGGAGAAGGAGAGGAGACGACUGGAAGAGCAGAGGAGGAAACAGGAAGAGGAGGAAGCGAGGAGGCUGCAGGAGAUUGAGGCCGAGAAGAAGAGGAAGCUAAGAGAGGAAGAGGAGCAAAGAAAGAAAAAGGAGGAAGUGGAGGUGAGGAUGAGGAAGGACCAGGAGGAGCAGAGGAGGGCUGAGGAGCUGCGCUGGAGGGAGAUGGAGGAGGGACAGAGACCUUUCUCCUUCAAAGUUUCUUCCGGAGAAAAACAGAUUUUGUUCCAGAAGGUCAACCUGACGCCUGUUACGCCGACCUCCGGCCACCAGGGCGGCGCUGUAGCCGAGCAAAGAGAGGGCACUAAGGCUUCCUCCUCUGUAGGACCAGAAUCCCCCAACCUGCCAACGUCUCCAUAUGUCCCCCACACCGCCAUCUUAGUGACGGGUGCCCAGCUCUGUGGGACCGCUGUCAAUUUAGACCAGAUCAAAGACACCGCUUGCAAGUCCCUGCUGGGUUUGGGAGACGAUAGAAAGGCCCAGGGAACACCGCCGACCAAGAGCAAGACUUCACCGGACCGCAAGUCUGGCAAAACCAAAUCACUCAACGAGUCCUCGCUCUCCACGGACCAGUCCGUCCUGGCAGAGUGGGCCAGCAUCAGAUCGAAGAUAUUCAAGGGGGUAGAAGAGGGGAAAUAUGACGAGUACCCAGACCCGGGCAAGACUCAGCCCCAGCCCAGCAGUGAAGACCCACCUGCGUUCUCCCACACGAACCUCAGGAAGACUAUGUCCGCCAGCGCCAAGUUCUCCAUCACCCCUGCGAAAAAGAAGUUUGGAGACUCAAACAGGAACUCUGAGGUGUUCGGUGCAGAUGAUAAAGACGCAGGAGAGGAAACUGCUCCGUCUGACAGCCCCACCGCCGCCUCUAAACCUCAGAACAGGGCGAGUAAAACGGUCCGCAUCGUAGAAAGAGGCUCAGACGAGUGCAUGUUUGCCAAAGACCUCCCCUCUUUCCUGGUUCCCAGCCCUGGAACCAAACCUGAGGGGCCGGAGCUGAAGAACAGGGCUCAGAGUGAGACGGCGGCGUCUGAGAGUAGAGAGGAGGGAGAGGACCGAGGUCAGGACGGCGAGGACAAGCCCUCGCCUUUUGGCAUAAAGCUGAGGAGGACCAACUACUCGCUCCGCUUCCACAGCGAACAGUCCACUGAGAAGAGGAAGAAGCGGUACAGUGCCGGGGACAGCUUCGACGGCGUCCCCUCACCUCUCACCCCCAUUGAGCCAGACUCUGACGCCUCCUCUGUCUUUUCUGACAAAUCCGCAAGUCCCACAUCGCCUCAGAAAGAAGGCGCGGUGGGCAAGUACCUACAUGCAUCCGCCUCCCCCGCCGUCCCUCGGGCUAAACCGGGUAAGUCUCCCAGCCCAACCGCACACAGCGAAGGUGAGAAAGUGAUCUACAAGCCACCACUCUACCGAAGACCAACUACGUCACCCAAACCCAGUGGAGCAGUCCCCACGCCUCCCCCGUCGCCGCUGCCUAAAGCGGUCCAAGGGCCUCCUCCCAGUGAUGCCAAGAGGACGGGCGCCGCGGCGGAGUCAUCCAGCCAGGAGCAGGCCAACAGGAGCGAGGAACCUUCAGCGGUUGCCCAGCUGCACCGGAGCAGCCAAGGCCAGGUCCAAGGGGAGGAGGAGCCGAAGGAGAAGAGAUCCUUCUUCCCGUCCAUCAACAUCCCCUGGAGAGAGAAGGCCGACAGGAAGACGGAGCUCAUCAAGAGAGAAAAACCAUCCCUGCAGAGCAGGCACUCUCUGGACAGUUCGAAGGUCCAGGAGAAGGAGGCCGGGCCUUUGUGGAUCACGCUGGCUCUGCAGAAGCAGAAAGGCUUCAGGGAUCAGCAGCAGAAUCGAGAGGACCGCCGCAGCCACAGAGAGGCCAAACUGGCUGAAAAACAAGCCAGAGAGAGGGACAGUGUUACGCUGGUGAGCCCCACAGAGAGCAGAGGGAGCGGGAGCACCAGUCCUUCUUCUAAACCUCAGACCCCAGAGGAGCCCAAGAGACCCGACAGCCUGCUUGGACGCUUUGAGCGCCGAGAACACCUGAAAAAAGCCAACACUUUACCCAGCUCGGUCACCGUUGAGAUUGCAGACUCCACACCAUCGCCACCUGCUGUCAAGGACGUGUCAAAGCGCUUCCCUUCCAGUGACUCUCCGCAGGUGUCCACAGAGCCGGCGUGGCUGGCGCUCGCCAAGCGAAAGGCCAAAGCCUGGAGCGACUGUCCUCAGAUCAUCAAAUAACAGCCCAGCCCGGCUUCACUCUGACUGCACACUGCCCCGAAGGACUCUGAAGCACCUUGAGAGUCACCAACACCUGUCCCCUCCUCCUCUCCCCGUCCUCCCAGCAACUCCUGACUGUGAAACAAGUAAAGCCCUCCAUCACCUCGUAACCACACACACACACACACACUCACCCACUGGCUGGUACUAUUAUCAUGUUAAAGUGCGCUUCACAUUCAAAUAUUCCAAUACAAUCGCACAGAUAUAUGUAAACAAUUGUUGCGCGCAUGCACAUAGUGUAUCCAAACACACCGAGUAUAAUGUCCCACGGGGGGCAGCAGCCAAUCACAACCACGGCUGGCCAUCGCAAUAGCCAACCCCAGUUCUGUUUUUUUAUUUUGUAGCCAACUGUGUCACCAUGGUUGUAAAUAAAUCAUCCGCUCAACACAAUAAAAGCUCUGACAUACGACAGUGUUUAAUCAACAGAGGGUAACUGUCUGAAUCGUGUUUUUAAAGGGCUACCAGUAACAAUAACUCGACGUGUGACCCUGUUGGAUCUGCUUCUGGACGUGUUACAGGUAUUAUUUAUGUAAAGCAGCGGAUUUAUCUAUGUUGAUACUGUAUCUCCUCUCUGAGCCUUGUUUGUCAUGUACAAAAGAAGCCUUUCUUUCUGUUUUUUACUCAUACUGGAAACCUUUAGCGUAACAAUUCUCACUGUGUCCGUGAUGACUGUGAUAGCUGUCCAAGAGAGGCUAUUUUGCCAUUAUAGAAUCUGUCAUAAUCACACGGUGGGUGCACCUAAACACAGCACUGAAGACCACAAGUGUUACUGGGCAUUGACGGUGAACUGAUCCUCCUCACGGCCGAUGUGAUGACGUGAUUUCUUUGCUUUGCUAAUGGAGACAGACACAACAACAACAACAACAACCUGCUUGCUGUAACAUACAAUUCUUGUAGCUGUCCUCCCGUAACACACUUGUGUUUGCAGGCUUACGCCAUCACUUCCUCGUAAAAUGUGAUAUGAUCUUACAUUUCCUCUAUGAAAGAAGAAGGAAAAAAAAACCUCCAGCAUUCUCAUUUCCUGCCACUCACUUAAAGGGAUAGUUCAGGUGUUUUGAAGUGGGGUUGUAUGAGGUACUUCUCCAGAGGCAGUGUAUUACCUACAGUAGACGGCGGUCGGCACGCCUCUAGUUUGGAGAAGCAGACAGGAGUA